AUGAAUCAAGAAGUCGUGCGGCAACGUAAUCUAACGCCGAUUAUGUUGCUGCAAGUGUCAGUGGAUAAGCAGUUUCUUGCUAUCCAACGCAGUGACAUUGAAGUACAAGUGCUACAUCGUGCUACAAGAGCGUCCUAUUGGGUGUUAUGCAGAUCAAAGGCUGGUAAUAGAAUCCUGCAUAGAGGUGUUAUAUGGAAUCGACACUCUACCAAGUCUUCAAGCUCUCAGGAUUUGUUUCUAGUUACGAGAAUGGGACUAGAACAGUACCGCGUGAGCAGUAAACGUCGCAAUUGUGUAUUGAACAAGAUUAUAGGUCUCUAUAUCCAUGAAUUCUGGUAUGAAGCCUCAAAUGGAGUGUUGCUUAUAAGCUCUGGCUCGAGAGCGAAUGAGAUUGUGUCGUUUUUGUUGCACGGACCAAACGUGGAGACACUGCCCAAGUUGGUGUUUUCCACGUCGGUAGGCAAACAUGAUCUGCACUUAGUUACGUUGUAUGGCGAUGUGUACGCAAUCUAUAGCGACACAAGCUCUACAAAGUUGCUGUUAUACUUGGUAGGACGGACUAAGGUGACAUGCGUGCGGUCGUUGAAUCUUAUGCUGCCACUUCGGACGGCUCUCGAGUAUUCCGUUGUUGACAACCUGCUCGUCUGCCACAGCCUGAAUUUUAAUGUUAGCCUGUUCUUUGAUAUAAAGUGUGACGCGAGUAGCAGUGAUCCGUUUUCGGCGCCGUUGCCAAUUUCAUUAUGGCCACCUAAUUGCCCUCCUUCUGAGAGGAAGACGGCUUCAGCAGCAAAAAGUGUCGACACUAUCAAGAAAGUUACUUCUGAUGUUCUAACGAUUGUUAGUGACAAUGACCAAGAAGCUUUUGACGAUGCGAUACUGAGCUCUCCAAAAUUACCUUGUACUAUUCGUCACGCACUUAGCAUGGACGAUCAAGACCUGCAUAGCAGUUGCGAUGAAUAUGCACUUGUUCCUUCUCCAUCAUUUGAAUCAUCGCCAGCAUCUCAGCUAGCAAGUCGAAGGUCAGCGCGACGGCUUCAGCGUGCGAUGUCGGAAGCAAGUGUCGAGAAGACGAAUACAACGAAAGCUAACGCCAUUGUUCCAAGCUUUUUCCGAUGGCAAUUUCAUGCCUCUAAUUUUGUACAGCGAUCAUGUUCAGUAAACGGACUCGAACAAGUUGAAAUUCGGAAAUUGCAAUUGAAUUUGGCCGAAGUAUGUAAAACUUGCGCACGCCAUCGUGAGAUCCUGCCGUUUCUGCUGCGUCGAGAGGACCAAGAAUCUGCAAUGGUCUUGGUUUUGAAGCUAGUACGAAACCAUAUUGUGGAGCAGCAAUCAUCUUUGUCUGCAAUUGUGCAAUUGCUGACUACUGUUCAGACCAUGCAUGGCAACCAGCGACAUGAUGCGAAUGCUGCAGGUGUUGAAUCUUUGAGUGACUCGCUCUUCGUGCACUCGAAUAAUAGUACUAGUUUGGAUCAACGUACAGACAAGUACUCUUUGAGAGCGAGACCAACUGCUCGCAAUGCCAAAGGCUUCAUGCUGAUUCAACAGUCAGAUUUUUACCAUCACGUGUGGAAGAGCAUACUUGAAGACACGAAUCUCAGUGCAAACUACAACUUGAGCGUCUAUAUAAUCGAGUACAUUAAGAAUUUGCAAGAGAGUAAGGUGCAAGUGGAGAACAUUACAUAUAUCGCGCUCGCCGAGUGCUUUCUAGCUGCAGGAAAGCCGAACGAGCUUUACCAGUUCUUGCACUACCAUGUGCUUGCCGAUUCGGUGGAGCUUGCAGAGUUGAUGGUUCGGAACGGGAAGAUCUAUCCAGCUCUGAUGCAAGUGGGGUUGGACAUGUACUGUCGGUUGAAGGAGAAUGGUCCGCUUAUACACACCCUUUUGGACCUUGGACAGGUCGAGCGAGCUAUCGAGAUUGCUUCGAAAAAUAUGGACUCAAUCUCGUGCGGCGCAUCCGUUUUUCCUGGUGUUGCCUUUUUUGAUUCGCUAGUCAAAUCUGUCACGUCAUCGAAGCAGCCGCGUUCAUCGUUUCAAGUGGCACAGACGUUGGCAAAUUUAUUGUUCUUUUUGAGAGUAUGGGAUCCUGCAGCGCUUGAGCGUUCCAGCAUAACAUCCCUUUCAACUCUCGCUAGUCACGCUAGUGUUCCGUUCCCAGAUGAGAUGAUUCCACCCCAUUCCCGGCUCCAACUGAAAGAAGCUUUUGGCUUUAUACCAUAA